CAUCGGAAAGCCGUUGGAACAUGUACUUACUCUAUGCAUUGUUCACGGCUUUUGUAGUGGCGGCUGUCACUGGGUUGGGACUCCUCCUGUAUUGUUCUCCAAAACCUCGAAAACCAACAGAGCAAGAAGGAUAUUAUGUUGAUAAAACAAAACAGAAGCAUAAACUUCCAAGCAUCUUGGACGAUGCAUCCGUGAGAUUGAGCUGCAUUGUUCCGGCUUUUGACGAAACAAAGCGCCUUCCGGUAAUGUUGGAAGAGACGGUUGGUCAUCUGGAGUCACGACAGAAAAGCGACCCCAAGUUCACCUAUGAAAUCAUCAUUGUUGAUGACGGUAGUCGGGAUAAUACCGUUGAACUUGCCCUGGACUUGGCAAAGAAGUAUAACAAGGUGGAUCUACGUGUUCUCGCUCUGGAGAAAAAUAGAGGUAAAGGUGGAGCGGUCACUCAGGGUAUGUUGGCUGCUCGUGGUCAAAUAUGUUUGAUGGUUGAUGCCGAUGGAGCCACCAAAUUCUCUGAUCUGGAUGCGCUGGAAGCUAAAUUGAUGAAGAGCGAGGAAAAUGGCUAUGGUAUAGCCGUUGGCUCUCGAGCACAUCUUGUUUCCACCGAUGCUGUUGUGCAGCGUUCUUUCAUACGAAACUUUCUUAUGCGCGGCUUCCAUCAACUUGUCUACAUUUUGGGUAUUAGAGGCAUUGAAGAUACACAAUGUGGUUUCAAACUUUUCACUCGAAAAGCUGCUCAGCUUAUCUUCCCGAACAUGCAUGUUGAAAGAUGGAUCUUCGAUAUUGAGUGCCUGGUCAUUGCUCAGGCUCAUCGUAUACCCAUAGUCGAAGUGCCAGUCACUUGGCACGAAAUAGAUGGCAGUAAAGUUAAUUUGAUGCGGGACUCUAUUCAAAUGGCUUUGGAUCUUCUCACGAUUCGACUCAAUUUUUUGCUGGGAUUCUGGAAAGUCGAUAGCAUUAAAAAACAGAAAAGUCAAUAAAAUCGUUGUUGGUAGCCAGAUCUCAAUUGUAAGUGUGUGGGCAUGGAUCACACGCUUUCACGUGGUGGCAAACUUAUUGAACUGCUGUUGCCAUGGUGCCUGGAUGUGGGAUUCCAUGGAAGAACCACAUCGGCGAAAGUUUAGAAAUUCUGAACGCCACAUGUU